GCCGGGAAGCGUUUGGGCGCUGCACCGCGCUGCGCCGGGACCUUGAGGUCGGCGCACUGAGCGCGAAGCUGACCGCGUCGGCCCGCGCCGUGGUCGUGGUGGUUCUCCUUGUAGUUCGUGGUCUAAGGCUCGGCCUCAAGUGAGAACUGCGACACCAUGUUUUACAAUAGGCAGAACGCACACCCUUUAAGGUUUCUGCCGGAUGAGUCCCGGAGCCUGCCCCCGCCCAGCCUGACCGACCCGCGGAUCCUCUACUUAGGCCUCUUGGGCUACUGCUCCGGCCUGCUUGACAACUACAUCUACCGGAGGCCGAUCCUGAAGGCGGGUUUGCAUCGCCAGCUUCUAUAUACUACAGCCUUUUAUUUUGCUGGAUAUUUUCUUGUAAAACGUCAUGAAUACAUAUGUGCUGUGAGGGAUCGUGACAUGUUUGAGUAUGAAAGAUUACAUCCAGAGGAUUUUCCUGAAGAAAAAGAGAAGAAAACAUAUGGUGAACUUUUUGAAAAAUUCCAUCCAAUACGUUGAAGUUUUCAAAAUGCUUGCUCCAGCGCCGCUGGUGUAGUGGUAUGAUGCAAGAUUCCCAAAAUGCUUGCUCCAGUUUCACUGAUACCUGCUGUUUCUGAAUUUGAUGAAACAUGUUUCCAAUGACAGUUGAAGUUUAUGCUAAUCUGUAUGUUGACACCUUAUAAUUAAAAUCGUUACCGUGA